AUGUUUCAUCUUUGCUCCCUUCUUCUUCUCGUGUUCAGUUUCCAUGUCACUUCAACACCAAUAACCGACGACUUCUCCACCUACAUCGUCCACCUAGACCCAUCCUCACGUCCAGAACACUUCACCACCCAUCAACAAUGGCACUCCUCAAUCGUCUCCGUCGCCAAAUCCUCGACAAGCACCGUCGCUUCCGACAAGCGACAUCACUUCUCGUCCCUCGAAAAUUCCUUCUUGUACUCCUACGGAAACGCCCUCCAUGGGUUCAGCGCUGUUUUAUCCCAGCAAGAACUCCAAACCCUCCAAAACCUACCUGGCUUUCUUUCAGCCUACAAAGACAAACUCGUCACGAUGGACACCACUUACACUCCCGAGUUCAUGUCUCUCAACCCAUCAACCGGCCUCUGGCCGGCCUCAAAAUUCGGCCAAGACGUGAUAAUCGGUGUAAUCGACACCGGAAUCUGGCCGGAAAGUCCAAGUUUCAGCGACCACGGAAUGAUGUACACCUCCAAGCUCCCAUCCAAGUGGAAAGGGACUUGCCAGGAGGGACAAGACUUCAACUCUUCCCUAUGCAACUCCAAGCUUAUUGGGGCUAGAUACUUCAACAAAGGGGUCAAAGCUGCCAACCCGAAUGCAACCCUGACCAUGAACUCGGCUCGAGACACCAUAGGACACGGGACUCACACCACCUCCACCGCGGCCGGAAACUACGUGGAAGGUGCAUCCUUCUUCGGCUACGCUGAUGGCGUGGCUCGAGGCAUGGCGCCUCGAGCCAGGGUGGCCAUGUACAAGGUGAUAUGGGACGAGGGACGCUACGCAUCGGACGUGCUAGCCGGAAUGGACCAAGCAGUGGCGGAUGGAGUCGACAUCAUCUCCAUCUCCAUGGGGUUUGACGGCGUCCCGUUGUACGAGGAUCCUGUCGCGAUCGCCUCGUUUGGUGCGAUGGAGAAGGAGAUUCUGGUCUCCUCCUCUGCCGGCAACGGCGAGCCUAGAGGAAUUCCACUGCAUAAUGGAAUUCCCUGGAUGCUAACCGUCGCAGCGGGCAACUUUGACCGCACUUUUGCCGCGAGUUUGACCCUAGGGAGUAGUAACGACAGAGAACAACAACGCGUCAUAGUCGGGAGGAGCAUGUUUCCGCUGGAUGCAUGGGUUAAGAAUGAAACCCUAAUCUACAACAAGACGCUCUCUAAAUGCGACUCUCUCGAGUUGCUCUCGCAGGCUCCACGUGCUAUUAUUGUCUGCGAGGACACGGGGUUUCUAGACUUCCAAAUGCGCGCCAUCUCCAGCGUGACAAAUCUCGCCGGCGCGGUCUUUGUCUCUAAAGAUCCUUCCCCGGUCGAAUUUGAGUUCAUGAGCUGUCCAGGCGUGCUAAUUUCCGCGACGGAGUUCGCUACAGUCAUCCAUUACAUGAACAGUAGCGACAACCCUAUUGCUGCAAUCAAAUUUCGACAGACUGUGACGGGGAAAGAGGUGGCUCCUUCGGUAACCGACUACACGUCUCGUGGUCCUUCUCCGAACUGCCCCGCGGUUCUAAAGCCCGACGUCAUGGCUCCAGGAAGCCUUGUGUUGGCUUCCUGGAUCCCAGAUGACUACACAGCCGCGGUCGGUACGAAUAAUUUACUGUCCAGUGAAGGGUUCAAUCUGAUCUCUGGCACGUCGAUGGCGUGCCCUCACGCUUCUGGCGUGGCUGCGCUCCUGAGAGGAGCACAUCCUGAAUGGAGCCAUGCAGCUAUCAGAUCGGCCAUGAUGACGACGACAACUGAGCUGGACAGUUCUAUGAUGCCUAUCAAGGACGUGGGCCGAAAUUUCACGGCCGCGUCUCCUCUCGCUAUGGGAGCGGGCCAUAUAGUCCCGAAUCUAGCCAUGGACCCCGGCCUAGUCUACGAUGUGACUCCACAGGACUACGUUUCUCUGUUGUGUUCGAUGAAUUUUACGAGGAAUCAGAUUAUGACCAUCACGAGAUCGAACAUGUACGACUGUGCAAACUCCUCGUCGCUCGAUCUGAACUACCCGUCGUUCGUGGCGUUCUACGAUAAGAAUGUGACUACCGGAGCGAUGUUGACGCACAGGUUUCGGAGGGUGGUGACGAAUGUGGGUGACGGAAGGACUAGGUAUGAAGUAAAAGUGACUGCGCCGAUGGGCACGAAAGUGGCGGUGUGGCCGCAGAGUUUGGUGUUUGGGAAGAAAAACGAGCGGCGAGAUUACUACGUGGAUAUAACGUACGCGAGUGAUGGUGAAGGGAUGGUUUCGCAUGGUUCGAUUGUUUGGGUUGAAGAAAGUGGGAAGUAUAAUGUGAGGAGUCCGAUUGUUGUUGCGCCAACUUCUGGUGGCAAGUAA